AUGACCAGUUGCACAGCCAUGAAAAGAUUAAGUUUAGGCACUGAUCAAUCUGCUCUUUUAGCCCUGAAAGCCCAUAUCACUUCAGAACAGCAAGAAUUCUUGUCAAAAAACUGGUCUUCUACAGCUGCUGCAUCCUCUGUCUGCGACUGGAUAGGAGUCCAAUGCAGCUCUCGACACCAAAGAGUGACUGCUUUAAAUAUUUCAAACAUGGGACUCACCGGAACAUUACCUCCGGAUUUGGGAAACCUCUCCUUUCUUGUUUCUCUUGAUCUGAGAAGUAACUCCUUCCACGGAAAUCCGCCCGAAGAGUUGUCACAUCUACGCCGCCUGAGGUUCAUCUUGUUUUCCAACAACAGAUUCACUGGGGAGAUUUCAAUGUGGUUUGGUCACUUUCCCGAACUCCGGUUCUUGUUUCUUGACAACAAUGGUUUCGGUGGUUUUAUUCCUUCUUCAAUCUCAAACUCGUCAAAAGUGGAAGCUUUAACUCUAAGAGGCAAUUUUCUGGAGGGUAAUAUUCCAGAAAAGAUGGAAAAUCUUUCAGUCCUCAAGGAUCUGUCUCUAUCUGGGAAUUAUUUAGUUGGUCAAAUACCAUUGAGUUUAUGCAAGUUUUCUAAACUUCAAUCGCUAGACUUGUCAUUCAACAGGUUUAGCGGGUACAUACCCAAAGAAAUUGGAAAUCUGGAGAAGCUUACGUAUUUAUCCCUCAUGAAUAACAACUUCACAGGUGUAAUUCCGCGAGAGAUUGGCAAACUGCGUGGUUUGAAGGUUCUCGUGUUGGGCCGUAACAAUUUGACAGGUACAAUUCCACAAGAGAUAGGCAAUCUACAGAACCUGCAGGGGCUCAAUCUGGAAUGGAAUCAAAUCACAGGAAGCAUUCCAAAAGAAAUCAGGAAUUUGACGAUGCUUACUGAGCUCUACUUCGCCAACAACUCCUUGACAGGUACAAUACCACGAGAGCUGGGUAACCUUUACCUACUCGAGAAUCUUCAGUUACCUUAUAAUGGCUUGAAUGGCUCCAUUCCCCCUGGGCUCUUUAACCUCUCAGCAUUGCGGAAUAUUGCACUUUCGUCUAAUCUUCUAUCAGGAAAUCUUCCGCGGGAUCUAGGAUACAGACUGCCCAAGUUAUUAUUCAUAGAUCUAGCUGGGAAUAACCUUGGUGGAGUUAUACCAGUGUCCAUUACAAAUUGUUCCCAAUUAAGAAUACUAGAACUUUCAACUAACAGAUUCACUGGUUCCAUUCCUGACGCCCUCGGGGACCUUAGACUUCUGCAAUAUCUAGCUCUGUUCAGCAACAAUUUAACAAGUGAUCCUACAUCUAUGGAGCUGAGCUUCAUCACUUCAUUUACAAAAUGCAAAAACUUGGUUUUUUUAGACCUGGGCUCAAAUCCAUUAAAUGGGCUUCUUCCAGCUUCCAUUGGGAAUCUCUCUGCUACUCUACAGAAAUUGUAUAUACGAAAUAGUGAAAUCAAGGGCACCAUACCAAGUCAAACUGGCAACUUGACCAAUUUGCUAUUGCUUGAUCUAGAGUCGAAUCACUUGACCGGAGGUAUUCCAACAGCAUUCAAAGAUCUACAAAACCUGCAAGGUUUGGCUGUGGGAGAUAAUAAUCUUAAUGACACCUUAGAUAACCUUUGCAAUUUGCAUAGCUUGACUUUAAUAGAUCUGACCACAAACCAGUUUUCUGGGUCUUUACCACAAUGCUUUGGUAAUAUGACUUCUCUUCGGGAUCUUACACUAGGAAACAACUUUUUAGUCUCUGCCAUACCUAAUAGUUUUUGGAACCUCAAAGAUCUCUUGCAGUUGAACUUAUCCUCAAACUCCCUUAAUGGUUCCUUGCCUCUUGAAGCUGGAACUCUGAAAGCUGUAACAUCCAUAGACAUAUCAGCGAAUCAAUUCUCAGGUGAUAUUCCUAGCACAACAGGUGGUUUGCAAUACCUGUUGAUUUUAAAUUUAUCCCAAAACCAAUUUCAUGGAUCUAUCCCAGAGUCAUUUGGCAAUAUGCUCAGCUUACAAGGACUUUACCUAUCACAUAACAAUCUUUCUGGCUUCGUACCAAAGUCAUUGGAGGCACUUCGGUACCUUGAAGAGAUUGACGUUUCUUAUAACCAUUUAAAUGGUGAAAUUCCUUCUGGUGGUCGCUUUAGGAACUUUACCGCUGAAUCUUUUCUGUUCAACGAUGCAUUGUGCGGGGAUUCCAGGUUUCACGUGCCGCCUUGCCCAAGAACUAAUUCAAUUCACAGGUCCAGAACAAAAAAGGUGCUUCUAUUUGUAUUUGUUCCUCUGGGACUCGCUUCUGUGGUUGUCGCAGCCUUAGCAAUUGUCUUCAGAAGAUAUUGGAAGAAAUAUCAGGAUUCUAAAGGAACAAACAUGGUAUUGGUGCCAACGCAAGAAAGAGUUUCGUACUAUGAACUUCUUCGAGCAACUGAUGGGUACAGUGAAAGCAAUUUGCUUGGCAUUGGGAGUUUUGGAUCUGUUUACAAGGGGAUCCUGAAUGAUGGAAGGUCUAUUGCUGUAAAGGUUUUCAAUUUGGAAUUGGAAGGGGUACUCAAGAGCUUUGAUGUUGAGUGUGAAGUCCUGAAGAACCUUCGCCAUCGAAAUCUUGUGAAGGUCAUCAGCGAGAUUGAAUAUAAUGAUAGAUGUGGCAAAUGCAGUGCAAUACCUGCACGAAGAAUAUUCGACGCCUGUGAUUCACUGUGA